AUGAAACUGCAGCCCGGCGACUACGUUUUGCUCGUCGAGGCAGUGACUGAGGGUACGAAGCAACCUGGUCAGCCAGUGUUUGCCUAUUCGACCGUAAUUGUGCACGUUCAUGAUGUGAAUGACCACGAACCCCAGUUUUUACAAGGCGAAUACAACGUUGCUGUUGUCGAAGGUCAACCAGGCGGCCAAUAUGUAUUACAGGUUACCGCCAUUGACCACGACUUUGCAGAAAACGUAAAAAUUUCGUACGGGAUUGUCAGUGGAAACAUCGACUCAGCUUUUACAAUUGAUGCUAACGGUGUGAUCACCACAAACGUCGAGCUGGACCGAGAAAUAACACCGAGAUACACGCUGACCGUAGCAGCAACGGAUUACGGAGUCCCUCAUAAGUUCAGCAUUACGACCGUGAUAAUCGAGCUGAUCGAUGAAAACGACAACGUACCUUUGUUUCCACACGCUGAAAAUGUACGAAUAUCAGAAGGAACGGGUGUCGGCAGUGUUGUUACGAAUGUGCCAGCAAACGACGUCGACCUCUUCCCAUCUUUGGAGUACUCGUUCGCUGAUGACAGUAAUGUGUGGCGCAACUUCGCGAUAGAAAAGUUUACGGGCAAAAUUGUGCUUGUGAAACCUUGUGACUCAACUCUGUUCUGCAAUGCUACUUUGGACAUCAAGGUGCACGAUGGAAAGCAUUCCGCGUUCAUGUCGGUAACCGUUACCGCAGAGCCGAAAGAACCCGCCGGACCUCAUUUCGCUCAGACGCUUUAUCAGUUUACUGUCCCUGUUCAAGCUGUGGUGGGGACCGUGAUUGGGAGACUGACAAUGGUUGGUGAAAAGAACAACAAAAGGGAUUCUGUGUCGUACAAAAUCGUUUCGGAAUACCCGUCUUAUGAUCUCUUUUCAGUAUCACGUGAUCAAGGUCUGAAGUCUAAAGAGCGAAGUACAUGA